GCGAACCAUUUGGUUUUGCGAAUCGGUUCGUCUGAUUCAUGAGAAAGAACGUGUUGAACAGAAUCAUUGGCUCGCGAAUCGGACAUCACUACGAUCGCAUGGCGAGGCUUGACUCACUCAGAGAUUGUAGAUUAUUUGCUGGAACCUUUCGCUCUCUUCUUCAGUAGUGGCUUUGUCCAUGGCGUUCUUGCAGAGGACUGGAGACUACUGCCACGCUCAACAUCUACACGUCUAAACCCGUGGAGAAUGCGCUGCGCUCUUUCCACUGAUUUCUGGAUGCACUGAGACGCUCUUCCUUCUACUACUUGUGGUCCUGCCACCCAAAACUCCUCCCAAAUCUAAUGGGGUGAUCUUACCUCUCUGGCUACAGCAAGCCAUUAGAGAGAGGAUAGAAGAUAUUGGGGACUUUGAACAUCGAGGAGUUUUGCAGUGCUUUAUUCACGAAGAAAGAUCAGAGGCAUCCAUUGGGUGAAUUUGCUUGUGAACGGUUUGGACACUGAGUUGGAGGAAGCAAAAUGGCUCGGAUGAACCGACCGGCCCCCGUGGAGGUGUGCUACAAGAACAUGAGGUUCUUAAUCACACACAACCCAACAAACUCCACUCUGAGCAGCUUCAUAGAGGAUCUUAAGAAGUAUGGUGCCACAACAGUGGUCAGAGUUUGUGAGAUAACCUACGACAAAACCCCACUGGAAAAGGAUGGGAUCACUGUCGUGGACUGGCCAUUUGAUGAUGGCGCUCCUCCUCCCUCUAAGGUUGUGGAGGAUUGGUUGAGUCUCCUGAAGAGACGCUUCAUUGAAGACCCCGGCUGCUGCGUGGCUGUGCAUUGCGUGGCCGGUUUAGGAAGAGCUCCAGUACUUGUGGCCGUGGCACUGAUUGAAAGUGGGAUGAAGUACGAAGAUGCCAUCCAGUUCAUCCGACAGAAGCGCAGGGGUGCAAUAAACAGCAAGCAGCUGACGUAUCUAGAGAAAUAUCGGCCCAAACAGAGACUGCGCUACAAGCACCCGCACAUUUUCAAGAACAAGUGCUGCAUCAUGUGACUGCACCCUCACCCUACUGUUCUGAACCAAGCUGAACCUGAUGGACUGGGCCACAACUGAUGCACUUUGCCGAUUUGCUAUAAAAAUACGAACCGAUUCGGUCUGGAUGAAAACCCCACUGGUGCCUAAAAUCCUCCUCACUCCGAUUGUGGUGUGGAUACUGCCAUGGCUUUUCCGAGACUUACGACUUAGAGGUCUGAAAGGCUACGUAUCUCUGAGGUUAAUGAGAUUCGGCGAAGGCAACCUCUGACCUUUGACCCUGCACCAGGACUGACACCCUAAUCAUGCCUCAAAUGAUUGCGAUUGUCUAAAAGAGCCAGGCGGUGUGAUAAUGUGAAUCAUGGACAAAAUUUGUGCUCUUUCUCACUCUCUCUAAUACUUAUUUUUCUUUCUACAGCUUUCCUACUCUUCCCUGCCAGGAGUCUGAUUUUUAGACAACUACGGUUCCUUUAACACUUUGUUUUCAGCACAAAUCUUUUUACUGUUGACCUUUUCCAUGAUGCUUUUGUUUUAUGAGCAAACAACAGUUAAAGUGGACAAAUGAAGGGCUCAUGUGAAAGAUAUUUCUUUUUCAUAAAGCAAUUCUUUGCUAUUUCUAUUAGGUUGAGUGCCAGACACUAAAGGGUUUCUGAAAGCUACAUAUGAAGGCCAGCGAAGGCCAAGGAAUUUAACUGCGAAAAUGCUUAUGCGUGUUUAUGUGCUUAAAAUCAAACCUUGUGUUUGUUGGAGUAAUUUUAAUGUGUUAGGACUUCCUGGAGGCGAUCUGUCUAUGAUACUUGUCCAUUCAGGUCAACAGAGAUCAGAUGGUAAAAAAGGCCCUAUAUGAAUGAAUAAGACGGUGGUUUAAAGUUGUUUUUCCUCUGUUUUUUAAGAACACACCUCCAGCUGCAUAAUACAAAUAAAGGCUGUUGCAAUCAUGAA